AUGUCUUCUGGUGUGUAUGAUGGACCUUUUAUUGGAGAUGGUGAGACGAAUCCAACUAACUGGAGAAAAGGUAAAAUGUUUGCACAGGGAGGGUUUGGCAAGGUUUAUCACGUUGAUAAAGGACCUCUUAAAAAUACCAAGUGUGUUGUUAAGCAAGUGGUUGUAUCUAGUGACUAUGACGACGAAACAUUGAAAAUGUUCGAUGCAGAAACUAGAGCUCUCAAGAUAGUAAAACAUAAAAGAGUGGUAAACUAUUAUGGAUUCAGCAGAACAGACAUAAUGUUUUCGCUUUUUAUGGAGUUUAUGGAAAAGGAUACUUUGGCAAAUCAUAUUAAGACACAGAGAAAAAAAAGGCUAUCAGAAGAAAAGACGGCUAUGUUCUCUUAUCAGAUACUUGAAGGACUUGUUUACCUUCACGAGCAGAAAAUAAUACAUAGAGACAUUAAAGGUUCCAAUAUUUUAAUGCAAGAUGAAAACACCAUUAAGAUAACUGACUUUGGAGUAGCUAAGAUUUUGAACACAAUUUCAAGUGCAAGUACAAGUACAAGUCAAAAAGGGACCAUAUUUUUUAUGGCCCCCGAAGCAAUUCAUGAAAAUGUUGCAUACAAUGACAAAGUUGACAUAUGGAGUCUAGGAUGCACAGUUUAUCAAAUGAUCACGGGGAACAUUCCUUUUAAAGAUUUUUCUCGAAAUGCUAUUAUCGCAAGAACAUUACAAAAUGCUCAUGAAUUACCUAUUCCCGAAGAUAGCUCUGUAAAUCUUAAAAUGUUUUUAAAACAAACUUGCGAAAAAGAUCCCUCCAAACGACCAACUGCAAAGGAAGCGAUACACCACCCAUUUCUGAAAGAUUUUGUUUUAAAGCAAACAUCUGUGAUGAAUGAUGGCGCACCACUUGAUGCAGAAGAACGUGAUGACACAAGUAUUGGAUCAGUCAAUCAAAUAUCAACUAUUGGGCUCCAGCAGCCCGACAUCAAUAAAACGUGUGGCCUACCAAGAAGAUUUGAGAUUUUUGUUGGAGCAAAGGUCAUGCUUCGAUCGAACAUUGACGUGUCGAAGGGAUUAGUAAAUGGCGCUAUUGGGUAUAUUACAGAUAUUAUAUGGCCACAUUUUCGCCGUGCCCAAAUUUAUGACACAGACAUACCUUCAGUAAGAAUUGAUUUCGGCAAAGAUGGUGUACAUGAAGUAAAGCCAAAAUCAGUGCAAUUUUCUGCCAAGUACAACUACAGCUUGUAG